AACUUUGUCAACACUAUGUCGGCCGAUCUUCGUUUGAUAAAAUAAAUUUAAUACAAGUAUCUAGAUCUAGAGCUAGAUCUAUUCUAGAUCCAGUAUAACUCACUAAAAGUCUAACUCUGUCUCUUAGCUCACUCUGUCACUCUAGUCGAUUUUCUAGUAGUAGUAGUCUAGAUCUACGCACGGUUACGAAAUCAACCUUUGUAAACACCAGACCAUGAGAAUAUGAUGCCGUGAAGGCUACCAUUAUUAAAAAAAAAUGAUUAAAACUUUUCACCCAGUAAGUCAUGAGGAUGAUCCACUUAAAAAUGAUAUAGAUUUUGAGCCUAAAUGCACCUGCUGCCCCACAGGCAGAAGUGGCCACCGAAUAAUUGUAGCAGAUGAUUGUUUAUAUUCACUUGGAGGUUAUAAUCCUAAUUAUGAGCACUUUGUAUCCCAUAAUCAGUUGCUGAAUCACUCAAUCUUCAAAGAGUUAUGGAAAAUAAAUCUGAGCACAAAGAAGUGGCAACUGAUAGAUGACUUCAACAGUGUUCCUCCUACUGUAGCCUCUCAUACAAUUGCUAAAGUGGGGAGAUGGCUUUUUCUUUUUGGUGGAACUUCAAUUCCCUUUGGAGAGACUCCAACUAGUGCCCUGUACAGAUAUGACCUGAACAACCCGAUCAACGAUGGUCACAAUAGUCUCAAGGAGAGGAGCAACCGUUGGCACUUAAUCCCUGUGACUGGAGAUGUACCAGAAGAAAGAUAUGGACAUACAAUGACCAUGGUUUAUCCAGAUGUAUUUAUAAUAGGUGGAACUACUGGCUAUAUUUACAACACAGAUGUUUAUCACUUGGACCUCAGGGGCCCAGUGGGCAUCUGGACAAAGCUGAGUUCUGACAGUGAUCCUGGGCAACCUGUAGGAAGAUACAGACAUGAAACUGUCUAUGAUGGGGAAAAUUUGUAUGUAUUUGGAGGUGGAACAGAUGAGCAUUCUUUUUCACUUAUGAUUAUUCAUGUGUUUAAUCUAAAAUCUCGUAUGUGGGGAAACCUUAAGACUUAUCCAGAUCCUCAACAUGGUUUUCCUAUUCCUCGCAAAUGUCAUAGUUGUACUCAGUAUAAAAAUGAUAUUUUUAUGAUUGGAGGCCUCAAUGGCACUACAACACAGACACAGGGUGUUAUGAAAACAUUUAGUGAAAUUUGGAGAUUCUCUCUUGACAAUCACUUUUGGACGAAAUAUUCAGUCAAAUUACCCACACCAUUGUUCUUUCAUUCUGCAGACCUUUGUGAGCCCAAAGGUUGUAUUUACAUAUUCGGUGGAGUCACCCAUUACAAAAAAAAUGAGCUGGUGAGAACCAAGAGGAUCACACGUCUACGUGUGGCUCCAGGGAACUUGCUCGAGCUGGCCUGGGACAUCAUCUGUGAUCUUAUUCAAAACCGCUGGCAGGAUGUAGACAUGAAUGAACUAGGGAUACCUCUAAUGUUGCAAGCAAGAGUCUCAUAGUGUGUGAUAUUUAUUGACCUUAGUAUGUGUAUAUUUUCUUUGGAGUGUUUGGUGUUGUGCUGGACUAAUUUGAAGAAGUAAUGAGCCCGCUAGUUUGUUUUUCUUUCAAUGUUAACACUGUGCUGUGCUCCGCUGAACAGACCUGAUGGUUGAGACACAUCAUUGAUGGUACUUAAAGUGGUAGAGCCAAAGUAUUUCUAAAAUCUUAUGUUUUGAUUUUCACACAAUUAAAUGUGCAAAAGUUGCUUGAGGUAUCUAAAUUAGAAGCAUUAAAAUUUUGUAAAAGUGUGUUGGGUAUACUGUAUUUUCUAAUUGAAAUAUGCAAAUUUUUGAAAAUGAUAACAUACUUAAAACAUUUCUGUUUAUACAUUUUAAGAAUUAUGAUCCUUGAUUAUAAUUAAUUUUUUUUUUUUGUAAAUAAAUAUCUUCAGCAUUACUUUUAAAACUGAAAAACCUAUUAACAACAUUGCCUCUGAUUGUAUUGUUAAUUGAAACGUUUAUUUCAGCCUGUCAUUCUAUUUAUCAAUUUCAUGAGGAGAUAACUUUUCCUUGUAAUUUUUAGAAAAAGAAAAUAGGAACAAUGUCUUAAAAAAUGGCUUUUAACACUUCUGAUUUAAACAGAUAGGAUUUUUUAGAAGAUGUUCAUAAAAUAUAUACAUAUUUGAAUCACAUCAUGUUUUACUAUUAAAUACUGCUUGGUUCUGACUUCUAUCAAA